UGAUGUCUGCUGGUCCUCACCUCUAUCUGUAUUAUGUCUCCAUUCUUGUGCACUCCCGGUCCAGGAUCAGUCUUCCCUCCCAGUUGACCCUUCACCUGUCUGGUCUCUUCAGGGUUCCACCACUGGGUGGGGGGAGGGGCCGGGCCCAGCACCCCACCCCCCAUUCCAGCUAGGGGCUCAGGUCUCUAACAACAGAACCAGAGCCACUCAGUGACGCUAGAACCCAUUUAGGGGGGCCUGGGGCCCUUGUCCCAAGCCAGGUGGGCUUUGGGGGAGGGGUGCAGCCCCUGGCAGACUCACUGUGUGGCCAACGAGGCUGGGGAGUGCCAGAGAGGUGGGGCCAUCUUGUAAGAAGAGCACGAGUACAGUUCUCUUUCCCCCACUGGGGGGGCCGCGGGGCCGGCGGCGGGGCAGGAGACCUCGGUGGCAGAGCUUGCGGUGCAGGGGUCUUGGCAGGGGAGUGUGUGGCAGCAGGAGCACCAUGGCCACCAUCCAGUCAGAGACCGACUGUUACGACAUCAUUGAGGUGCUGGGCAAGGGCACCUUUGGGGAGGUGGCCAAGGGCUGGCGACGAAGCACCGGUGAGAUGGUGGCCAUUAAAAUCCUCAAGAAUGAUGCCUACCGCAACCGCAUCAUCAAGAAUGAGCUGAAGCUGCUGCGCUGCAUGAGGGGCCUGGACCCAGACGAGGCCCACGUCAUCCGCUUCCUCGAGUUUUUCCACGAUGCCCUCAAGUUCUACCUGGUCUUUGAGCUGCUGGAGCAAAACCUCUUCGAGUUCCAGAAGGAGAACAACUUUGCACCCCUCCCUGCCCGCCACAUCCGCACGGUCACUCUGCAGGUGCUCAGAGCCCUGGCCCGGCUCAAGGAGCUGGCAAUUAUCCAUGCCGAUCUCAAGCCUGAGAAUAUCAUGCUGGUUGACCAGACCCGCUGCCCCUUCAGGGUCAAGGUGAUUGACUUCGGCUCAGCCAGCAUCUUCAGUGAGGUGCGCUAUGUGAAGGAGCCCUAUAUCCAGUCACGCUUCUACCGGGCCCCCGAGAUUCUGCUGGGGCUGCCUUUCUGUGAGAAGGUGGAUGUGUGGUCCCUCGGCUGUGUCAUGGCUGAGCUGCACCUGGGCUGGCCCCUCUACCCAGGCAACAAUGAGUAUGACCAAGUGCGCUAUAUCUGUGAGACCCAGGGCCUGCCCAAACCCCACCUGCUGCACAACGCCCGCAAGACUCACAACUUCUUCAAGCGCAACCCCCACCCUGAUGCCACCAAUCCCUGGCAGCUCAAGUCCUCAGCCGACUACCUAGCCGAGACCAAGGUGCGCCCACUGGAGCGCCGCAAGUACAUGCUCAAGUCUUUGGACCAAAUUGAGACAGUGAAUGGCGGCGUGGCAGCCAGCCGGCUGACCUUCCCGGACCGUGAAGCACUGGCCGAGCACGCUGACCUCAAGAGCAUGGUAGAGCUGAUCAAGCGCAUGCUGACGUGGGAGUCACACGAACGCAUCAGCCCCAGCGCAGCCCUGCGCCACCCCUUUGUUUCCAUGCAGCAGCUGCGUAGCACCCACGAGACCACCCGCUACUACCAGCUUUCCCUGCGCAGCUGCCGCCUCUCCCUGCAGGUGGAGGGCAAGCCACCUGUGGGGCCAGCCACAGAAGAUGGGCACCCCUACUACCGUCUGGCUGAGGAGGAGGAGGCCAUGGGCAGUGUGGCAGGGAGCGGGCCCUUCUUCAGAGAGAAAGCACCAGGCAUGCAAAGGGCCAUUGACCAGUUGGAUGACCUGAGUCUGCAGGAGGCAGGGCGGGGGCUGUGGGGUGAAACCCCUGUUGAUGUGGUCUCUGACAUGCUGGCCCCACUCAAGGCGGCCACCACCAGCCACCGGGUGCCAGACUCGGGCCCCGAACCCAUCCUGGCUUUUUAUGGCAGGCGCCUGGCNNCCCGCCACAAGGCCCGCAAACCACCUGUGGGCUCUAAGUCUGAUUCCAACUUCAGCAACCUCAUUCGGCUGAGCCAGGCCUCGCCUGAGGACGACGGGCCCUGUCGGGGCAGCGGCUGGGAAGAAGGAGAGCGAGCUGGGGCCUCAGCUGAGCCACCUGCCAUCCUGCAGCGGGAUGGAGAUGGGCCCAGCAUCAAGGACAUGACCAUGGACGCUGGGAGGGCAGGCUCUGAGCUCUUCGACCCCAGCAGUUGUCCUGGAGAAUGGCUGAAUGAGCCAGACUGGACCCUGGAAGGUGUCAGGGGAGCACGGGCUCAGGGGCUCCCACCCCGCCACUCCCACCCCCACAAACCGCCACGGGCCACCAGCUUUCUGCAGCACGUUGGUGGACACCACUGAUGGGGACCCCACCCCUGCCCAUCACUGGGGGUUGCGCUAGCUGGGCUGGCAUGCCCUCUACAUGAACUGCCCCUCAGAGCCAUCCCUGAACCUACAAAUUAUUCUUACGGAAAGAUAGUUAUCCAGAAAUUCCCCACUCUCCUGCCCAUGGGAUAUACCUACACAUAUCCCCUGAACACUGGAGGGCCUUGGGGUGUGGACCCUGGGCCCUUUGGCCACAGGGGUGGCAGGUAGGGGCUGUAUCCUGCUGGCCCUGAGCCCAUCCUUGGCCCCACUGCCUCUGUUUCAAUAAAGAACUGUUUAGCAGCCUGCUUCAAGCCUGUCCUUACUGGCUGGUAACUGGAUGGGUCUUAAGGCAGGACGCUGGAGUAAGCAAGAUGGGUAGGUAGAGUGAAGGUGGUUUUGGCCUGAGACUAGUACCCAGGACCUGCCUUGCAGCUGGCCACUGGCUCAGGCUGGAGGUGGGUUGCUGUUGCAUUGGGAGGAGAAGGCUGUACCAGGUGCACUAAAUGAUCUAAAUAUACCAAGAGCUGGGCACAUUGACAUUGCACCCUCAGAACACUCUUUGUGCUCAGCACGUGUUAAACCGAGCUUGCUGAAGGCUGAAGUCUCGCUGUCUGCAACGAGACCUGUCCUUCCUACAGGCCAUGGCAUCAGCUCACCUGCAUCCAGGUUUGGGACGUGAUAAGUGGAAAUUCCUCGGCAGGCAUAAUCAGGUGUUCAGACAUGCUAAUGCACCCUCUGGAGGUGGUGGCAGCUCAGCCCAUGUUAAUCCAGGUGGGCACAUGCUGAGCAGGUAGCACUCAUUCCCCCAUGCUGGUUUCCCGAGUGCUCAGUACGUGCCAAGCCACACGGCUGCACGCUGCAUGCUCGGCACAAGUCAGCCUGUGUGCGCUGCACACUGGCCACACGCUGAGAGUUCAGUACGUGACAAACCACACUGGUCCCAUGCUGAGGGCUCAGUACAUGCCAAGCCACAAUGCACACACUGAGGGCUCAGUACAUGCUGUUACAUGCUGAGGGCUCAGCACAUGCUAGUCACAUGCUGAGGGCUCAGCA